AUGUCCAGAAAGUCAGAGAUGGCGCAGUCGCUGCUGCACAGAUACUACAGUUCACAGGGCCCCACGCUAGAGAGGCCGAAGAGCGUGCGUUCUGUGGAUAGCUUAUCGGAAGCCCAGAGGUUUCGCUCGUUAUGUGUGAACGACAUUUCCAUGCGGGUAUCAAGGAUACAUGACCCUUUGCUUAGUGACUACCAGAUACGUGAUCUCAAUGACGAGUUGAACAAACUGAUGAAAGAAAAGGCUGCGUGGGAGUAUCGUAUACUAGACCUUGGAGGCCCUGAUUUUAUAUCUUAUUCAAAAAGGCACCAAGGUGGAACAUAUGAGAAGGAUUCCACUGGUUAUAAAUACUUUGGGAGAGCCAAGGACUUGCCAGACGUGAAGAGCUUACUGGAAGCCAAGCAGAAUGAAAUCAAGAAGGCUAAUCAGGCUAAAACAAACGCUAAGAACGACGCGGAAUUAAUACAGCGGAUUGCCGAAGCUGAAAAGAAAAUAGAUCCGGUUUACUACGGCAUCUACGAGGAGACCAGAGUAUCCGGAGGGUUGGUAUCACAAGUGCCUACCUCAGACGAAGUGGUAGACGAGGCUAGACAGAUCCUAGAAGACGAGACUCUUUUCGAAGAUUUUUUGUCAAGCCAGGAUUUGCAGGAAAUGAAUGGAAGAUAUUUCCAAAAUUCGGAAGAUGAUACUUUGGUUGCCUAUGAGAGGGCUAAAACAAGAGAGCUGUUGCGGGAGUAUAGGACUAAGCAUUCCAAGCCUGGUCCCAAUAAACUGGUCCAUUUCGAUGAGAGUAUUCAAAUCCCCAACGACGCAGUGGAAAAGAAGCUGGUUCAGUUGAAGAUCGCGAGUAUUCAACAGAGGCUGUAA